UCAAAAGAACAUGGCCGCACAUUAGAUGAACACAUAAUUUUUUUCUUUACUGUUUGCCAAGUUAAUUAAGUGUCAAAGUGCUGUAUAAAUAUUUAACAAAAAUAAUUCUAUUUCAUUACAAAUAUCAAUUGUGAUAAUCGCAAGAAAAUUGAAGUUUUUUGAAUUGAAAUAGAACAUUUUUUUUAAAUUCGAAUUGUAUUUAAGCAAAAGGAGGUUGUUUUAUUAACGGAUCCAAAUAAAUAUGAUGCACCAUCAUCAUCCGAUACCCCAGUCCCAACUGCAAAGGGGAGACCCAAAUAGGAUGGGUCAACAAACACAUCGUCUAUUGCAAAAUCAGCAACGAGGGCAUCCUCCGAUUAUGCUUGGCGUGGCAGGAGCAUCUCCUGUACCUCCACCUGAUUUAUCUAGAGUGCGAAAAAAGUUUAGUGGAAAACCAAGGUGUUCGUUAUUAAACAUCAUUUUUCUUUCUGUAAUUUUGAUGAGCACGGUAAAAGCCAUGGAUCUAGCAACAUUAUCUAAAGCUGAUCUACAAAAAAUUUUUGGAGAAUUAAAUUGUAUUGAAGGCGUAAUUGUAACAAUGCCAUCGGUGCCAUUACAAGCAAUGACACAAUCUGUACAUCAACAACAGGCUCAAACUGUGCAACAAUCGCAAACGCCCCAGCAGGUUAUGCACAGUCAACAGCCCCAACAACAAGUUCAACUAGAUAUGGAGAAUAAUCAAGUUGAUAAUUCAAAACAAACGAAUACGUUAACAAACACAACUGUAAAUCAACAAUCAUCAAAUCAGCAACAGAACAUUGUGAAUAAUAAUCAGAAUCAGCAACAACAGCACAACACUACGAUGGGCAGUGGUGCUAGCAGCAGCUUACCGUCCGGAACAACUAAUACAUUAAAUUCAGCACCUACCGCCACGGCCGACAACUCCUCAAGCGCCCCUGCUUCUAGUAGCUUGGCUAACAUUAAAGAGAAGACACCCAUGUGUUUGAUAAAUGAGCUGGCCCGUUUCAAUAAAAUCCAACAUCAGUAUCGACUUACAGGGGAAUCGGGACCUGCUCAUAAGAAACGUUUCACAGUCAGCUUAAAGCUAGGCACUGAGGAAUACGAGGCCGAGGGCAACAGCAUUAAGAAAGCUCAACAUGCAGCUGCCAAAGAAGCUCUAUUACUAACCAAGUUGAAACAUCCACCACCGAAGACAUCCCGUAAUUUACGAUUGGGAGUUAAUGGUUACAAUCCCGGCUAUCAUCGUGGUAACAUAUACAAUCAACAAGGAAAUCGAUUCAACUACGAUACGCGCAGAUACAAUGGACGGGGUCAUUACCAUGGCCAUUUCGAUAACCAGCAUCCAGGAAAUGCAGGGCGAUACCAAGGGUAUGCCGGGUAUGGUAAGCCACAUGGUUGGCAUGGCCCUGGUAAUCCUGGUGAUACAUUUACUGUGACCCUACGUGUUGGCCCUCGAGGUUAUACUGGUGAAGGACCCACUGCGCAAGCUGCUCGCCACGAUGCUGCGUCACGUGCUUUACAAGAACUCCGUCAUCUUCCGUUACCAGAUUCAGCACCAGCAGAUCAAAGCACAUUCCCAGUAAAUGGUGCCACUGAAAACGGAAAUCAAUCAACGAAUGCCGAAGAUAUAAAUUACGAAUUGAAAUCACCAAUAUCACUUGUACACGAGAUUGCAUUAAAACGUAAUUUAAAUGUUUCAUUCGAGGUACAAAGUGAAAAAGGUUUACCACACAUGAAAGUAUUUGUGACAACAUGUACAGUGGGUGAUAUGGUCACUGAAGGUGAGGGUAACGGUAAGAAAAUAUCGAAAAAACGAGCCGCUGAAAAAAUGUUGGAUGAAUUAAAAAAAUUACCACCAUUAUCGCCUACCCAUAUGUUCAGUAUGUCACGUUUAAAACGCAAACCAGCCGUUCCAAAGAAGAAGACACGCAGUUUAAUCAAAGUGUUCCAAGGACAGAACGAACCCGAUUAUACUGAAGAAAUCAAUCCAAUAUCACGACUGAUACAAAUCCAACAAGCUAAAAAAGAAAAGGAACCAGUUUAUAAUUUAUUAGAAGAACGUGGUGCUGCCAGACGACGUGAAUUUGUUAUGGAAGUAACUGUUGGGCAACAUUCAGCUACUGGAACUGGUACUAACAAGAAAUUAGCUAAACGUGCUGCAGCUGAAGCACUCUUACAACAACUUGGCUAUAAUCAACAAACACCAGCUCAAAAUAUUGAUAAAACAAAUGUAAAUGUAAAACCGGCAAUAAACACACAACAACAAGAGAUUCAAGAGAAACAACGUAAAGUAACAUUUUUGGAGGAUAAAACUGAGAGUCAACCACAAGGUGGUACAAGUGGACGACAAUUGGUGCCAGGUCUAUUAUUAAUGGGUGAUCAAUCAAACAACACAUUCUCGGCAGCUAAAUCCGGUGUGAAUAUACAAACAACAGCAACAAUUGCCAAAGAAUUCUUAAAAGCUGGUAAUUCACCAACUGCGGAUGCCCUAGCCAAAGCUGGCCACAAUACAAAAAUCAUGUCACAAGGUGGUGAUCAGUCACAGAUGACGAAGACAUCAUCCACACAAGUGUUUAGACCGAAACAGCAAUUAUUGUAUUUAUCCAAAUUAUUGAAUUUCCAAGUACAAUUUUCUGAUUUUCCAAAAGCCAAUCACGAAGAAUUUCUUACGCUAUUGUCGUUAUCGACAGAUCCGCCACAGGUAUGUCACGGUGCUGGUGAUAGUACAGAUGAAUCACAUGAUCAAGCUGCUUUAUCAGCUUUACGAGUUCUUUCAGAAAUGGGAUUGGAUAAUAAAAUUCAAUUAGAAAAUAAAAAAGAUACUCAAAACGGAAUGGUGGAUGGACAUAAUCCAAAAAGUUGUACAAAACCAAGUAUUUUAAGUAAUGGAAUUAAAAAAUAAAUAAAUUUUACAACAAACAAACAAAAAAAACAAAUUCCAUUAUAAAAAAUUCAAUAAAAAACAAAUUGAAGUAUUCUAC